CCGCUAAUCUCAUUUCGCCUCUAUUCCACAGGAGCAGCAACACAAACGAUAAAUAAUGGGUCGAGUUCGUAAGUUCCGUGCUGUCGUAGGGAUCGACGAGUUGUCCUGGAGUAGCACUCUCUGGCGCUCCCUUCCAGCAGAAUUCCUGGGCACUGGGUUUCUAGUCCUGGUCGCCUGUGGGUCCUGUACAGGUUGGGGGACAGGAUACGAUGAGACUCCAUCCAUAGUACAGAUAGCCCUGGCAUUUGGUCUAAUCGUGGGCACCAUGGUCCAGUGUAUAUGCCAUAUCUCGGGUGGACACAUCAACCCGGCUGUGACUGCAGGAAUGCUGGUAGCUGGCAAGAUUUCUGUACUAAGAGCAUUGAUGUACAUUGUUAUGCAGUGUGCUGGAGGCAUUGCCGGGGCGGCUGUACUGAAAUCUGUGACCCCUGACGCAUUGAACACCACCCUGGGACAGACGAUGUUGCACGAAAAGGUGACGGCUGUUCAAGGAACUGGAGUAGAGUUUCUCAUCACAUUCGUCCUGGUGUUCACUGUAUUUGCAGUAUGCGAUUCAAACAGGUUGGACGUGAAGGGAUCUGCACCCCUGGCAAUCGGACUGAGUAUAACUGCAUGCCAUCUAUGGGCGAUCAGAUACACGGGAGCCAGUAUGAACACGGCCAGGUCUUUUGGGCCAGCUGUUAUUAUGAACAACUUCAACAAUCAUUGGGUUUACUGGGUUGGUCCAAUCCUUGGUGGGGUAGUUGCAGGAUUGAUAUACGAAUACUUGUUCACUGCCAAUCCCCCUGACAAAGAAGAAGUAGAACGAGCCAAACUGCAUGCUCUUCAGGCCUACAAUGACAAAGAUUCUGAUAGAACAACGUCCAUCUGACUAUCACGGUUCUUUUACAAGAAAGUCUCCAUUUCUUGUGACUGAUAAACAUCCAUCGUUGCUUUUGCGUUGAAUUCGAAGACUGUUGGAACUUAAUUUUUCCAAUAAGUUUAGAGAGAAAAUGAAUAUCCUUUUCUCAAAUGUAUGUCAUUUUUAUAAAAAGAAUGUUCCUUUCCUUGAGAAAAUGGCGCUUGAUACCAACAAGCAAUCAGUAACAGACUGUUGGAAUUUUAAUUAUGUUGUUUUGAGACAGCAGUUAUUGUUGCUGUUUUUGUAAAAAUGUUCCUUUCCUUGAGAAUAUGGCAUUUGAUAUCAACGAGCAAUCAGCAUUAAUAAAUCUGUCAUCAAUUCGUUUAAAUCAGUGAUUAAAGCUGAAAAUGUUUCAUUUGGAAUCAAUCUACUUAUGAGAAUUUUGCAUAUAACCAUGCAGACGAUCUAGAAAAUUAUACCUUUCAAUAAUGUGAAACAAAUGAGGACAAAUUAUGAUUGUAGGAUAUCUAUUUAUUAGUUGGCAACACUUUUACGAUUAUAAGUGUUGCCACAUAAUGAUAUCAUUGUAUAAUUUUUAUUGAAUCUUCGACUUAUCUAUCCAUUACUGUUGUAUAGCCUUUCUAACAUAGAAAAAAAAUUCCAUAUCUUGGGUGCAAUAAAUGACUGAAGAUCAAUUUUUGUUAAAAAUAAAAAUCCACAUUUUUAAAAAAAAAUGUAAUUAAAAUAUUUUGCCGAAAUUCAUCUGCGAUGCAAACGAUUUUUGGAUUGUAAAUUUACACAUUUACCGUUUUUCUGAGAACUUACGGUCGAUUGCAAUUAUGGUCUAACGAAAUAUAUGAAUUUAUUUCUCAAAAUAAUUGAAGAAUAAAUGUUUUGCUAAAGUAAAGAAUAAUUCAUUUAUAUCUAAAGUCCUAAUUAAAUAAAAACAUCAAACGAUUUUGGAGUAAAAAGUAUUUGUAUAUUUAAUCAUAUUUAUAACUGAAAUAAUAAUUAUUUUAUUGUUUUGCUAUUUGAUAAAUUUUGCACAUGCACUUAAAAAAAAAUCAGAUAAAUGUAAAGACUUGUUUGGUUUGGAGAAUAUUCCAAUAAACUAUCAUUUAUGUAGUUAGAUUUUAGUUAAUCAAGCGGGACAAGCAUUUCAUGUGUGGUGCCAGUACUUUCUGCUUCAUUUCAUGCUUUCGAAAACAAAGCAUCUUAUUUCAUCUUGUAUAUUUUCUUGUAUUGCUGUUCUUUAAUAUAUUUUAUCCAAUGUAAUGCAAUUUUUCUCAGAAUUAUUAUUUUAAUUGUCAUGUUUCAAUUGUGAUAAAAAUUUCAUGGCAAUAAUAUAAAAUUUUAUAGAAUUUUACUUAUAUGCAAUUUAAAUAAAGUGAACAGAUAUUGUGUAUUUUUUAAAGAAUAAUAAUAAUAAUUUAUUAAAAUUCUUUGAUUAUAUAAAAUAAUAAAUUCAUUAUUAUUCAAUUUUGUUCAAAGGUGAUGAUUUGAAAAUUUUGUAAAUAUCAUUUUGUAUCCAUAAAAAAUAUUAUGUUACCCAUUUUUAAAACAAUUAUAAGGACUGAGUUGAUUUUUUUCUGCAUUUCUAAAAUAGAGUAGCAGUACUUUCAUUUACUUCAUUAUAUCAAAUAUUAACUGUUAAACGACUGUAAAAUAAAAUGUGUAUUAUCUUUUACUUAAACUACUGUAUUUCGCCUGUAAUAUUUGGUGUGUUUCUUUGACAACUGUGUACCUUCAUUAAUCAU